AGAAACUACAUCAACAGGAGCAUUUGUAUGCAGGAAAACAGCUAUCCCAAGUCCCUGUCGAUUCACAUUCUCCGACACAUCCAUGUCGUAUGAAUUGCACCGUUCAGGCAGCAGAAACAUAUUUUUAUCUAGGCAAAUUAUCACCAAAAGUUAUAGCGUAGUAGUAGCAGUCCUCAUUAUCCCGUCCGCCGGGUUGGGCGGAGCGCCGCUCCGCCGGAGAACCCCGCGGCCGGCGCGGGGAAUGCGAGCAAUACAAACAGGGCAAACAUGUGAACUCAUACCGCCCGCAUCUCUUUCAAUGUCUCCCGCGUGAUUUUCUCAUCCAUGCCGUUUCAAUUGCAGCAUUACUGUGG